AUAACACUUCUUGUUCUUACUUAUCUUCUAUACAGUUCAAUUUUUCCUCCGUAUUUCCUGUCUCCAGAUUUAGGAGUUCGGAAAAAAAGAAAAAGGGUGAGGCAUUAUGGCAUAUAAAUAGAUUUGGUAUAUCUUGAAAUUAGAUUUUUGUUGAUCCUAUCUAUUCUUUUAAUAUAAGCAUUUGCUUUGAUAUAUAUAUCAUUAGUCAUGUCAGAAGAUAAUCGUAAUAAUACAAAUCCUAACUCUCAUGCAGAGAGAUUCCUUCUAAUUCUUUUGGCUAUAGUCUUACCUCCAUUGCCAAUCUUCAUAAUUAAGAAAUAUUCUAUAUGGAAUAAGGAAUUUUUAGUAUCUGUUUUAUUAACAAUUUUUGGUCAUGUCCCAGGAGCUGUAUUUUCUAUUUACUACAUCCUUGUUGAGUUCCCAAGAUCUAGUUUACAAACUGGUGAAUAUGUCCGUUUACCUGAUGAUGAGGAGAGGAAUAUUACUGAGUCUACCACGAAUGCGAAUCCGACUGCAAAUGAUCCUGCUGCGCCUAGUUUUGGCGAAGCAUCUUUCCCUCCGGAUAAUGAUGCUGAACACCAUUAUGAAGCCAACGAGGGUUCUUCUAUACCACCUCCCAGUUAUGAUGAUGUUGCUUCAGCAUCGACAUCAUCUUACCCUGUUGAUUCUAAGCAAAACUUAGACAAUAAGGUUCAACAUUAAAGCAUAUAUAAACAUUGUGGCCUCUAUUUUGUCUUAAUAUAGUUUUAUACUAUUUAC